AAACGUCGAAUCUGAGCCGUUCCCCUCCAAUCCCCAUCAGAUCCGGUUCCACCCAGCCUGCAGUCCAGCCGCGGCCGCCCCAAGCCCCGCCCGGGCGCCGCAAUUCGUCGAACAGUUGCCGCGCGCGCUUCCUCUCCCGUGGCCACCACCCACCAGCCCACCAGGCACCAUGGCGUCCGCCGCGCGCGCUCUGGGCGCGCUCCUCCACAGGGCCUCGUCUCUGUCCUCCUCCGCCUCCGCUCUCCGGAGAGCCUCGCUCCUCCACGUGUCGUCAGGGACAGGGAUUGAACCUAUUGGCAACGCUGGCCUGUUCCGGAGGCAUGCCGCGAGGCGGAGGAUUUCGACGUUCCAGCCGCUCUGCAUGGGGCGACGCUCCUGCAAGAUCGCCGGAAGGAAGGAUGCCCAGAAUUUGAAAAAGAUGAAGCGCAACAGCAAAAUUGGAAAAGAAAUUGUUUCUGCCAUCAAGAAGGGUGGCCCAAGCCCUUCAUCCAACACAGCUUUAGCAGCAAUAUUGGAGAAAGCUAGGGAACUUGAUAUCCCCAAAGAAAUUUUGGAGCGUAACAUCAAAAGGGCAUCAGAAAAGGACCAAGAUACUUACACAGAAAAGGUUUAUGAGGUCUAUGGUUUUGGUGGAGUAGGUAUGAUCGUGGAGGUCCUUACUGACAAAAUUACAAGAUCGGUUGCUGACAUUAGAAAUGUGGUAAAAGACUGUGGAGCAAAAUUGGCUGAUCCUGGGUCUGUUACCUUUAGAUUCAGACAAGCUCGAGUGGUGAAUAUAAAAGUUACUGAUGCUGGUAAGGACCAACUGCUCUCCAUUGCGUUAGAUGCUGGUGCUGACGAUGUCCUUGAACCAAAUUUUGAUGAUGAUGAUGACUCUGAAGAAGAAAUAGAAAGGUUCUACAAGAUAGUUACUACAUCAGACAACUAUCCAGUUGUGCUAUCGAAGCUACAGGAGGAAGGACUAAAGUUUGAAACUGAUAAUGGCUACGAACUUCUUCCUCUGAACCCAAUCGAGGUGGAUGACGAGGCCAUGGAACUAAAUAAGGAGCUUGUAUCAAAAUUGCUAGAGCUUGAUGAUGUCGAUGCAGUCUAUACAGACCAGAAGUGAGUGAAUUCAUGAGCUACAGAUUUCAAUUCAAGACACUUGAUGACCAUAUGCGUAAUCCAAUUCAAGAGCGUCUUCACUUCUCAUCAUUGAGAAUUACUAGUUUUACAGUUCCAAAAAUUGGAGCAGAUGAUACAGCAUUGUUUCGAUACCUCGGCAUGCUAGCAUUAUCUCAAACACUUUAUCUUUGCCUUGGAUUUUUGCCCAUCCCUUCUUUUUCUGAAAAUUUCUUCGUUGUUCAGAUUGCAGAUUUGAGAGAUCAUUGUAAAAUAAUACGAUAACACUGACUCACUUAUUGGUCGUGAGCAUAUAGUAAUGAAAAGGCCUUGGCAGACUGAAACGAA